GUGGACAUAAAACCGCGGUUCUCGGCCUGACGCGGUGGGUGCAGAGUGCCAGCUGGGGCCCCGCGUUGGAUUCCACUUAGAUUUUGGAGGGUUUGACUGCAUGGUGCCACAAGUCUCUGGGAACACACACUCAACACACCACUGACUGAAAGCCUGGUCUCCUUCAUCCCUCCAAUUCUCACCCGAGCUCCUGCAUGUCUAAUAUUUAGACAUGUUCAGCUUUGUGGAUUCAAGGACUGUUCUGCUACUUGUAGCAUCUCAAGUUGUUUUACUAUCCGUGGUCAGAUGUCAAGAAGAGGACGAGCAGGAGGCAGGUGGCUGCAUCCAGGACGGCCAGCAGUAUAAUGAUAAGGAUGUGUGGAAGCCAGAGCCGUGUCGCAUCUGCGUGUGCGACAGCGGAGCGGUUCUGUGUGAUGAGAUAAUCUGCGAGGAGAUCAAAGAGUGUGCCAACCCUAUCAUCCCAUCUGGAGAGUGCUGUCCCAUCUGCCCUGCUGAUGCCAGUGCCCCCAUUGAGCCGAUUGGUGCUAAGGGCCAGAAAGGAGAACCAGGAGAUAUUGCUGAUGUUGUAGGACCAAGAGGACCGCCAGGCCCGAUGGGCCCCCCGGGUGAGCAGGGAACACGUGGAGAAGCUGGCGCUAAGGGUGAUAAGGGAAAUCCUGGACCUCGAGGAAGAGAUGGUGAGCCUGGCACCCCUGGAAACCCCGGACCGGCCGGCCCGCCCGGACCACCUGGACCACCAGGGCUUGGAGGGUCCUUUGCUGCUCAGAUGGCUGGAGGGUUCGAUGAGAAGGCUGGAGGUGCACAGAUGGGUGUGAUGCAGGGACCAAUGGGUCCUAUGGGUCCUCGUGGUCCUCCUGGGCCCAGUGGCGCUCCUGGACCACAGGGUUUCCAAGGCAGCCCCGGAGAGGCUGGCGAGCCUGGACCAGCUGGGCCAGUGGGACCUCGUGGACCACCUGGACCUUCUGGGAAAUCAGGAAGUGAUGGUGAAGCUGGUAAACCUGGAAAACCUGGUGAGCGUGGAGCUGCAGGGCCUCAGGGAGCUCGUGGAUUCCCCGGAACUCCUGGACUUCCUGGAAUUAAAGGACACAGAGGUCACCCUGGACUGGACGGAGCCAAGGGAGAUACUGGUGCAGCAGGAGCAAAGGGUGAGGGUGGUGCUGCAGGAGAGAACGGAGCCCCCGGCCCCAUGGGCCCUCGCGGUCUGCCUGGUGAGAGAGGCCGCCCCGGAGCCGCCGGAGCUGCAGGCGCCCGAGGAAAUGACGGCCUGCCCGGUCCCGCCGGUCCACCUGGGCCAGUCGGUCCUGCUGGAGCUCCCGGUUUCCCAGGAUCCCCAGGAGCCAAGGGAGAAGCCGGACCUACCGGCGCCCGUGGAGCUGAAGGAGCACAGGGACCCCGUGGAGAGGCCGGCACCCCAGGAUCUCCCGGACCUGCCGGAGCAUCGGGGAACCCCGGAACUGAUGGCAUCCCCGGCGCUAAAGGAUCUGCUGGUGGUCCUGGUAUCGCUGGAGCGCCUGGAUUCCCCGGCCCUCGUGGCCCACCCGGACCCCAGGGUGCAACAGGACCUCUGGGGCCCAAAGGACAGUCUGGGGACCCGGGUCUUCCCGGGUUCAAAGGUGAAGCUGGACCUAAGGGAGAGCUGGGCCCUGCUGGACCCCAAGGAGCCCCGGGCCCUGCAGGAGAGGAGGGAAAGCGAGGCGCCCGAGGAGAGCCUGGAGCUGCGGGACCACUCGGACCUCCAGGAGAGAGAGGAGCUCCUGGUAACCGCGGGUUCCCCGGUCAGGACGGUCUCGCUGGAGCCAAGGGAGCCCCCGGCGACCGCGGCGUUCCUGGCGCUGCUGGGCCUAAAGGUGCUACUGGAGACCCCGGACGCACAGGAGAGUCCGGCCUCCCCGGAGCCAGAGGUCUCACCGGUCGUCCUGGAGAUCCUGGUCCUCAAGGCAAAGUUGGACCCUCUGGCGCUGCUGGUGAGGACGGUCGUCCCGGCCCGCCUGGCCCUCAGGGAGCUCGUGGACAGCCAGGAGUGAUGGGAUUCCCCGGACCGAAGGGAGCCAACGGUGAACCAGGAAAGCCAGGAGAGAAGGGUCUUGUGGGUCGUCCUGGUCUGAGAGGUCUGGCUGGAAAAGACGGUGAGACUGGUGCUGGUGGACCUCCCGGCCCUGCUGGACCUGCUGGAGAGAGAGGAGAGCAAGGACAGCCUGGACCUUCUGGCUUCCAGGGUCUUCCUGGACCAGCUGGCGCCCCUGGAGAGUCUGGAAAGCCUGGAGACCAGGGUGUUCCUGGAGAGGGUGGAGCUCCCGGUGCAGUUGGACCCAGAGGCGAGCGCGGUUUCCCCGGUGAGAGAGGCGGCGCUGGAGCUCAGGGUCUUCAGGGACCUCGCGGACUUCCUGGAACACCCGGAAGUGAUGGACCCAAGGGAGCGAUCGGACCCGCUGGAGCUCCUGGAUCCCAGGGACCCCCGGGCCUGCAGGGCAUGCCUGGAGAGAGAGGCGCUGGUGGCAUCCCCGGACCGAAGGGAGACAGAGGCGACAACGGACAGAAAGGACCCGAGGGCGCUCCCGGAAAGGACGGUUCUAGAGGUCUGACUGGUCCUAUCGGUCCUCCCGGCCCAUCCGGACCAAACGGUGCCAAGGGUGAGACCGGACCAAGUGGCCCAAGCGGUGCUCCCGGUACCCGUGGCGCUCCUGGCGACCGUGGUGAGAUCGGCCCCCCUGGUCCUGCUGGGUUCGCCGGACCUCCUGGUGCCGACGGUCAGCCCGGUGCGAAGGGAGAGCUGGGCGAGUCCGGACAGAAGGGAGAGGCCGGUGCCCCCGGACCUCAGGGACCAUCUGGAGCUCCUGGCCCUGUGGGACCUACCGGUGUCUCUGGACCUAAAGGUGCACGUGGUGCUCAGGGAGCCCCGGGUGCCACAGGUUUCCCUGGUGCUGCCGGCAGAGUCGGACCUCCUGGCCCCAACGGUAACCCAGGAGCUGCUGGUCCCGCCGGUCCCGCUGGCAAAGACGGACCGAAGGGCACUCGCGGUGACGCAGGUCCUCCAGGACGACAGGGAGACGCCGGCCUGCGCGGACCGGCCGGAGCUCAGGGAGAGAAGGGAGAGCCCGGAGAGGAUGGACCGCCUGGUGCUGAUGGGCCCUCAGGUCCUCAGGGUCUGGCUGGAUCUCGUGGUAUUGUGGGUUUGCCUGGUCAGCGUGGAGAGAGAGGCUUCCCCGGUCUCCCCGGACCUUCUGGAGAGCCUGGUAAACAGGGAGCUCCUGGCAGUGGGGGUGACCGUGGACCCCCUGGACCUGUUGGCCCCCCUGGACUCACUGGACCUGCUGGAGAGACUGGUAGAGAGGGAACCCCGGGGUCAGACGGGCCCCCCGGUCGGGACGGAGCUGCUGGAGUUAAGGGAGAGAGAGGAAACACCGGACCCGCUGGUGCCCCUGGCGCUCCCGGUGCCCCUGGUGCCCCCGGACCCGUUGGACCUCUCGGCAAGCAGGGAGACAGAGGAGAGAACGGCGCUCAAGGACCUGCAGGACCCCCUGGAUCUGCCGGUGCAAGAGGAAUGGCUGGACCACAAGGACCUCGUGGAGACAAGGGAGAGGCUGGUGAGGCCGGAGAGCGAGGACAGAAGGGUCACCGAGGUUUCACCGGCCUGCAGGGUCUUCCCGGACCUCCCGGCCCCGCCGGAGACUCCGGAACCGCCGGACCUGCGGGACCAUCCGGCGCCAAGGGACCAGCCGGACCGGCCGGACCUGCCGGUAAAGACGGAGCUAACGGACAGCCCGGCCCCAUCGGACCCCCUGGACCUCGCGGACGCUCUGGAGAAAGUGGUCCUGCUGGUCCUCCAGGUAACGCCGGGCCCCCUGGUCCUCCCGGUCCCCCCGGUCCUGGCAUCGACAUGUCUGCGUUCGCCGGCCUGGGCCAGACCGAGAAGUCCCCCGAUCCUCUCCGGUACAUGAGGGCCGACGAGGCCUCCAGCUCCUUGAGGCAGCACGACGUCGAGGUCGACGCCACGCUCAAGUCCCUCAACAACCAAAUCGAGAACAUGCGAAGCCCCGACGGCACCCAGAAGAACCCGGCCCGCACCUGCAGAGACCUCAAACUGUGCCACCCUGACUGGAAGAGCGGUGACUACUGGGUCGAUCCCAACAUCGGCAGCACAGCUGACGCCAUCAAGGUCUUCUGCAACAUGGAGACAGGAGAGACCUGCGUCUACCCGACCAUCGCUCAGGCUCCCAAGAAGAACUGGUGGACCAGCAAGAGCAAGGACCGCAAGCACGUCUGGUUCGGAGAGACCAUGAACGGAGGAUUCCACUUCAGCUACGCCCAGGACGGCCCCGCCGCCAGCGCCGCCAGCGUGCAGCUGACCUUCCUGAGGCUUCUCUCCACUGAGGCGUCCCAGAACCUCACUUACCACUGCAAGAACAGCAUCGCCUACAUGGACCAGGCCACGGGCAACCUGAAGAAGGCUUUGCUGCUGCAGGGCUCCAACGAGGUGGAGAUCCGUGCAGAGGGCAACAGCCGCUUCACCUACGGCGUGUUGGAGGACGGCUGCAAGAGACACACAGGCCGGUGGGGCAAGACUGUCUUUGAGUACAAAACACAGAAAACCUCCCGUCUGCCAAUCGUGGACAUUGCUCCUAUGGACAUCGGAGGAGCGGAUCAGGAGUUCGGAGUGGAUGUAGGCGCAGUCUGCUUCUUGUAAAGUGGAGGAUCACAACAGGCCCAAGCAAAAAAAAAAUGUUUUAAAAACACAGGAAAUAAAUAAACUCAACCAUGAAACAUAACACACACACACACACACACUUCCAUAAUAAAUGAGACUGGAAAUUAUGAGGAAAAAAAAAAAUAAAAGAGAAAAAUUAAUAACGUUUUUCUGUCACAACGAAGUGCUCUCCAAGUUGUACUCCCUGGAUGUUAGCACUGAAGGGCACCGGCAAUAUCUUGUACACCACACCAGCAUUCUUUGUUGACCCGCUUCCUGAGAUCCAGUCAUGUUUCCCAUGUUGACGGGAAUGAGCCAGGAGGAAGAGGGACCAAGCCAGCAAGUUAUGGAGAUCAGAAACAUGACUUGAUGUCACUUAUUUAUUGUCUAAUCUGAAUGGGCAGAGGUGAGGCAGGACUGGACGGGUUCACUUUGUAAGUAAGACAAGCCCUCGUAACACCCCCACCCCCUUUCUUCUUCUUCUUUUUUUUUUUUUGUUUUAUUUUUCCACUACAGAAAACCCGUAAGCAACCUCUGUCUCAGUCCUACUCCACCUCCCUCCCUGUUUCCCUCCUCGAAAACACAAAUACGGCAUUUUCAAUCAGCGUAGACCAAAACGUCAAAGUAAAAACCAACAGGGCGCUCCGAGUCUUUCCACCGCCAGCGGGAGCAGAAGCUUCACUGUGUAUUAUAAAUCCUUGGUUCUAUUGUUGUAAAAGUCUGUGUUUAUAAACAACCAGAUGGUUUUAUAUAUAUUUCCACAUUAUGUGUGUACAUGUGUCUAUAUGCACACCAACACUUUUUGGAAAGUGAGGUAACAUUUGGGAUGUAUGUUUCGGUAACCUGUACCCUUUGACUGCCCAUCAGAGGAAGGCCCAGUUCUCAUCGCCGCAAAAAAGUUAGUCUUGAGGGAAAACUUGUCUUGCUCUUGUUUUUAUUGUAGUCAUCCAGAUAGAUCGAAGCUACCUCACGCUCAACAACAAAGUGGAAAAAAAAAAAAAAAGUCAAUCUGAGCUGUCAGAUGGAUCUGGGGCUGAACGGCCAUCUUUGCUUUGGGUUGCUCUCUCUUCAGAAAGGUGCUACGAGUUCCGUAAUCCACCAACACCCCCCACCCCGCCACCACCCCCCACACCCCCCGCCUCCCCAAUUCCCACUAGCCUCACACCACACACUCACACUCCACCUGAAGGAGGGGUGCAGUCGGUUAAAAGAGGGGAAACGGGGGCUGCGUUGGAGCCUCCUCUGGAGUCAGGACCCCCGCCGCCCCCCCUCACAGCUGAAAAGUGGGGCUCUGAGGACAGUCGCUCCAAAAAAAAAAAAAAGAACAAAAACAAAGAAGAAACAACCAGGCUGGGUUGUCUGUGUGCGUGUGUGAGGGCGUGUACAUUUUUUGAAUUAAUUUUAUUAUGAUCAUUUUUGUUUUUAUUUUGUUACACCUCUAAUUGAUGUAAAUUGGAAAAUAAAAGGAAAACAUAAUGAAGAAUGAAUGAAGUUGAUUUUUACUUGGGUUUUGAAUAAAAACAGAAAUGACGUGGGGACGUAUCUCUUCU